UUCUUCCCCUGCCGGCUUUCCCUAGCGUUUCAUGGCAGGGGGUAAAACUUGAGGAGGGAUAAUCCUGCCCCUGGAUCCCUGCAGGAUCGCAAUCCCCCUCGACAUACACACGGUGACGAUUGGUUUAUUAACAGAUGGCAAUUCCGGGAGGCUGGGGGUGGUUCCCUGCCCCCCGCUUUGCGAGUCUCCCCUCUCGGACUGUCGGGGCGGGGGAGAGGCUCCUGCCGCCGGCCCCAGGAAGGGGAGGAGAGGGACGAAAAGCAGUGUCUGCGGCUUCGUAGGGAAGUCUGCGGCUUCGUAGGGAAGUCGAUCAGAAAAGACAGACUCUAUGAAGGGGAAGACGUAGCACUGCAUCAUCUGUCGUCAUGUGAGUAUCUCCUCCCCCUGGUGGGCUUUGGUAUAAAUGGAAGAGGAAUUUCAGCACACUGGAGCUAAACAACGUUUCUGUGUAAAUACACAACGUGCUUCCUCCUACGUUUUCUCUACUAGAUGGGGCUCAGAUGAACAAGCCUUUAUCUUGAAUCCCGUCGUAAGCACCACCAUGUGGGAACCGGGCUGGAUCUACCAGAGGCUGCAGCAACAGCCUGGGCGGCCCUGAGCAGAAGCGAGGAGUUCUGUCCUCUUCUUUGGGAUGACUUAAAAUAAGCUGCACUGUUAACAAGCGGACUGGAUGCGCUGGAAGUGCUUGUUCCCGAGUUUGCCGGCGUCUCUGCCGCAGGACAUGAGACGGUUGUCGGGAGACGUCCCACGGUUGGACACGACGGAUCUCGGAGGUCUUUUCCAACCUUAACCGUUCCAUGAUGUUCUUGCGUCAUUUCAGACAGGAACGCUUCCAUCUUUAACCUCAUGUACAGUUUGUAUGCAUGCUUCCAAUUUUAAAAUUUCCUUCAGGUGAAUGCUGAUGGCCGCAGCUGCCAUUGUUAUUCAGUGUAAAUUACCGCGUAUUCAAAGGCAGAGCUAGUUCUUUCAGUACAUCCGCGUGUUCCUCGGUGAAAGCACUCAAGGAAUUAAAUUGAAUUUCCAGAGGGAUGGAGCCUACAAGCCUCCUUUGAAGAGAGCACAAUUUUAAUCUGUGUUGAGAGCUGGUGAGAUGAGACGUCCCAGACCUUUCCCAGAGAUUCCUGGGAACUUCACGGCAAAAAUCUUACCACGGCGGUGUAGUCGGGAGCCGGUUCCCGGUGGGGAUGAGCCCAACAGAAACCGAAGUGCCGCCGCCCCCCGCUUUCCCGGCGGCUCUUGGAUGCUCCUGAUGCCGCAGGCGGGCCGCCGGCGCCGGGGAGCGGGGCGCAGGCCGGGCUGAGGCGCUGCUCGGGUCCGCAUGCGGGGCCGGGUGUCGCCCCCUUCGAGCAGCGGGGAGCGCGGGAGGGUCCAUCGGGCAGCUGUGCGCCUCCGCACACAGGUUUAUCAGUCAUGAAACGAAUUCUUCUGGUUUUUAUCCUGGCUGCUGCUGUUAUGUAUGGUAUCCUGCAUGGAAAUCUGUGGAGAAAUAACUUCUACUGGAUUAGCUUUUAUGGACAGACUUCCUCUGUGAGGGCUUCUCCUUCCUAUGAGACUAGUGGAGUUACAAUCAGUUACAAUCAGCUGCCGCUUACAGCUGUAGAGAGGAGGAAUGCCUUGGACACUUGUCUUCUGAAACCAGCAUUUGAAUCUUUACUGGGUGUUGACAAAAUAUACCCGUUCCUGUGCGCUAAUGAUUUUAUCAGAGUGGCAGAGUUCCAAGGGAGCAAUAAGUUUGAACUACCUUAUGGAAUAAAGAGAGCAGAGCAAUUUUUUCGUUUAGCCCUUUCAAGAUUGCAGAACUGUGGUCUUUCCAGUGAAGAAGACAGCAUUCCCUGUCGACGGUGCAUUGUGGUUGGUAAUGGAGGAGUACUUCGAAAUAAGACAUUGGGGGAGAAAAUUGACUCAUAUGAUGUCAUAAUAAGAAUGAAUAAUGGCCCUGUGAUAGGGUACGAAGAGGAUGUUGGGAGGAGGACGACGUUCCGCCUUUCUUACCCAGAAUCCAUCUUCUCAGAUCCCAUCCACUACGACCCCAAUACCACUGUUGUUCUCAUCGUCUUCAAACCACGGGACUUGAAGUGGCUUUGGGAGAUACUUGGUGGUCAGAAAAUAAGUGUGAAGGGCUUUUGGAAGAAACCAGCUCUGAAUAUGAUCUACAAAUCGAGUCAAAUCAGGAUUCUUGAUCCCACCAUCACCAGGAAAACUGCUUAUGAGUGGCUUCAUUUCCCAACAAGGUUUCCUAAGAAGGAGAAACCCAAGCAUCCAACAACGGGGCUAAUUGCCAUUACACUGGCAUUUCACAUAUGCCAUGAAGUCCACCUGGCAGGCUUCAAGUACGACUUCACUGACAGAAAUAGCUCUUUGCACUACUAUGGCAAUGAAACCAUGUCUCAGAUGAUCCAGAAUGAAUACCACAACAUCACUGCCGAGCAGAAAUUUUUGAAGAAGCUUAUAGACAAGAACUUUGUGGUCAAUUUGACAUGAAAGCUGAACGGAAAAUACAAAGAACAAUCACUAUUUUCAAGAUUUGAAAAAUUUUUAUUUUUUGUAUGACAUUUUUAUUUUUUAAGUGCAGCAUAACUGUUUACUGUUUAAAGGAGCCCAGAAACCUCAUCAAGGCAAAAGCUUUUAACUGAGGGUAAUGGACUGUUGCAAAAAGAGUUAACUGAAUUUCUGUGAAGCUAUUUAAUAGUGGGAAAACCAUGAAACUUUCAACUGAAAGUAUCAGGGAUUUAUAAAAAUGUGAUGUACAUCACUUACUUAUCAGUGAGAACUCUUUCCAAAUGACUAAUUCUCUGGAAUACUUUGGUUUCUGAUAUUGUCCUCCAAAAGAGUUCCACUGUCAAGAGACUGCGAUGACCGAUGUUUGUUCAGUAGGUGGAUGUAAAGUCAUGACUAUCUGUCUCGUUGUAUGAAAAAACUGGUGCAUCUAAAUCAUUACUGUGUGUUUUGGAGAAGGGGGAACAUACAGACUGUACAGGUCUUGUUCUGCCGUACUCCUGAGGAGAGGAUGUCCACCUUCAGCCAAGCAGCCACAGCUUCUGCACUGACCAUCACCUCUGAGCUUCUGUCUGCCCUUGCCGAAGGUGAAGACCCUUUGUCCGAUUCAUGGAGAUGUUGGUGUUGACAAUGCUUGUGUUGUACCCAUUUUAUGGAAGAAUAAUACUCUUUGUGCUGUUCAUCCAGUAAAUUUUACAGUUGCUGACUUGACUUAAAAAAGAGGGAAUAUGAAGACUGAAGAGUUGUCCGAACUACCUGUGUGUCAGCCCCCGUGCCACAAUAGAAACACAAGCUUGGACAGAGAUGUUCAUGCCUGAGUUUAGAGUCAGUGUUUGUUGGAGUCCUAGUUCUUCAGGACAGCAUCUCAUGCAUUCUUUUGUUUGGUCCUCAAAAACAGGUGGAUUUUUCCAAAUGAGGACAAUCUCCUUCCUCAGAUGCUGUAAUGCACCAAUACAAACAAGGAAUACUCCCAUUUUCGGUAGCAGAAUGUGGUAGGGAAUAUCCAGGAUGUACCUCAGCUGAAUUAUCAUUUGGCAUCUGUUUACCUCUUCUGUGUUGAUCUUUAAGUUUGAAGUUUGUGGAUGAACUAAAUCAUUUAGCAGUGGGAACUUGCUCAAGAUUUUAGUUGAAACAUUUAAUGGGAUGUUUAUAUUUCCUGUAUUGGUUUGUCUCUGACAAGCCUGUGAAUAAAUGAAAUCUGUUUGGGAACACGCUUGACAGCUGUCAAAGGAUAACAAUAUGCAGUUCCAGUUCUCUUCAUAGGACAUCUAUAUAAAAUUUUAAUUUUAAUUAUGGCAGAAUUUCUGGAAGAUUUUGUGGUUUAUCUUUAUCAAUCAAACCUGAAGAAGUCACAAAUAAGCCCACUUAAAGUCUUUGAAGUUGGUAGUACUGUUGUUGCUUUUAAAUAAAAUUAUAUAGAGAGGAUAUUUAGGAGUAAUGCAAACAAUCACAAUAUGAACAUAAACCAUGGUAUUUGUUAUUUUCAGGAGGUGAGGAUUGCAAGAGUACUGAACACAAUUUAUUUUGCUGCAGCUAUGUAGAGGAAUUGCCAUUUGGGAGUUAGGGGGAGGGCAGUGUGGUCUGGAGAGGUGCCACAGCUGGAGGGAAGGAGGCUUGUGUUUUCACCCAGUGAUUCCUGAGCUUUGGUCUGUUUCAAGCAAGCUGGACAUACCUGAAAUAACUUGAGAUGUCAGAAAAAUCUGUGGCAUGGGCUGGGGAAGGAUGCAGGUGUGUCCCAGCAAGGGACAGGAUGUGCCAUGGUGUAUUGUCUGCUGCAUGUUGCUUGGCUGCAGCUGCACUCCAGCUUUGUGCAGGGUGGCAGGUGGGGGUGUGGAGGAGAAGGAGCAUGUCCCCAGGUGUUGGAACAGGUGACACUGGUGGUAGAGAUGGAGGAAAUCAUAAUUUCUUCACCAAGUGGCAGAAGGGCUCUUAAUUUUUUGUACUUCCUUUAUUUUUUCCUGAGACUUUGGAGAGAUUUUUGCUUGAAAAUCUCAGUACCAACAUGUAUACAUAAGAAAAUAGUGACAUUAUUGUCUUUGUGUCUCUACCAGCGUUUAUUUCUCCUGGCUAUUUCAGUUAAUUAAAAAGUUUUGUAUGUGAUUCUGCAGCCGCAGACCUACAAUGAUUUAAACUCCUGACCAUAGUAAUUCCACUGCUGUGGCAAGGCUUUUUGCAGACAUAGCAGUGUUCUCCAAGCUGUUGUUGCAGAGGACCCCUGGUAGAUCUUAGACUGUGUUGAGAGCCGAGGCCAGCAGAAGUGGGGGGCUGCCCCUUCACCCUCAAAACCUGCGGUUGCUUCCAGAGCUGGGGCCCCCAGCUCUCCCAAUGGCUGUUGCCACGGUCCAGCUGCAUCCAUGUAAUGUCUUGCAGGAUGCUGUCCAGGAGGAUUUUUUUCCAGGAGAGCUGUUGAAUAUCUUGCAGACACUGUGAGGAGAGUUCUUGUGAUGGUGCAGACUGCAUCCCUCUGCUUCUCCACCCCUGUCUCCAGUGCCAGGAAGUGGGUACAGAGCUCUGCUUUUGAAGAUGUGGUUAUUUUCUCUGCUUAAUUUCAUCUCCAGAGAUACUCUUCCCACUAAUGUAAACUGAUUCCUUCUCUGAUUUUUCUAGUAGGUUUUCUGCUUUUUUUGGGAUUUGGAUUCUAGCUGUAGCAGAACAAACAAAAUAAUUGGAAAAAAAUAGCAGCUUCAUGGUAAACAAAUGGUGUCUCCCAAACUCUUUGUACUUAAAAAAAAUCCCUUCAAUCAUCUUCACUUUUGCCACAAAGAUCAGCUUUUUGAUCUCCCUAUAUUUUUUAAAAAAUAAUGUUUGGUGUUAUCAAGGAAUUUAAUAUGUUCUCUAUAAGCAUUUAUCCAUAUCAGCUGUUUCUUUUCAUAUCCUAAUAAGCCUUCCCAUGGUAUGGCUGACUUAUUUUUCAAAUUAAGCAGUACUUCCAGGGAUAUUUUUCUCCCACUUCUGUGCUCCUGCCAGGGGUGUUGAGUCCACCACAGUUAUUGUCCCUGGGUGACUGGGUAAUGUUUUGAAUGAAACUGUUCCCUCAGGAUCAAGCCAAGAGCUGAUGCUGCUGAUAAACUAUGGGGCAUUUGUGGUGGGGUUUUUUUGUUGUUGUUGGGGUUUUUGUUUGUUUGGUUUUUUGUUUGGGGUUUUUGUUUUGUUUUGGUUUGUUUUUUUUGAAAGCCCAGCUUGCAGGCCAGUAGCUUUUCUCCUCUAUAAUGCAAGCAGUGAGCCAAGUCAUGAAUUGUUCUCCCCACAAGAUGUUUUGUAGGAUCCUGUGCACUGUGCACCUGCUUUAAUAAUUCCUGCUGCUCUGCCUUGAGGACAGGUCUUGCUUUGAACUUAAUUCAGGCAGGAACACCCAUGUGUAGUGUAUUUCUCAGCAGUACUCACAGAUUAGUGUCUAUUCUGUCUGGGCACACAUUUUCACAGGUGUUUUGCAGUACCAAAGACUUAACUUGGGGGUUUUAGAAUAAAACAAUAAUGCUAACAUCAAAUAUUUAGAUAGUUUCUGAACCUGAGCUGCUAUUAAGACUAUUUUACCUUUUUGUCAUUUCUGAAAAUGAAAUCUGCACUGAAACUUCCCUUUAAGAGCUAUCCAGUUUUGGGUUUUUUUUUGUUUUUUUUUUUUUUUUUUAAAUCAUAUCAGGAGUGAAGCUGCCAGUUUUGAAUCCCAGGGUGCUGCCAGCUUUAUUUCUGUGUCUGAUAAUGGUGUAACUGUGUAGGUCCCCAGUUUCUCCCAUAAUUUUUCUAUCUGAAGUCAGAUGUUCUCCUCCCUUAAUACUCUGUUCCUGUUCUCUGGCAGCUUGUUGAAUUUCUAGACAGCAUCACCUUACAGCAAAGGUGCUUCUGCAUUUUAUCUGCCACCCUUCUCAAAAUGCUGCACUGUCAGACACAGCUCUAAAAUACCAAACUAUGCACAGAACAGGCAGGAUGACACAUGUUGGCUGAAAGCUCCAUUUGGCUCAGACUUUCAUGAGGUUUCUUUGUUGGGAAGCUGUUAUUUCCUCUGCUGUAAUAAUUAAGGGAAGUCGCAGACUGUUGCACUAAAUAUGGAACUGAGAGUGCCUAAAAGAUGUAACUAAACAUAUUCCAGAUAUUUUUAGGGACUGUGUCGGUGAUAAUAAUAGAGAAUCACAACUUUGGUGUUUAAUUAGCAUGUGGUACUUCUUGUUUCCAAUGCUAUGCUUUCAUUUUUAGCAAUUCUCUGGGGGAGAGUAUAAAUACCUUCCCUUUUAAGUGGACUCUGGUUUUUAAGAACAUACAAAGCUCUGCAUAUGUUUUUGAUACUGGGAAAUACUUAUUUGCCAUUUGUCUUAAGUUUUAUAUGCCUUUAAAGUGCCACCUGUAUUUUGAAGAAUUCUUCGAGUUGUUUCAAGUGAAAUUUUGAAUGCUACAUAUGGAAGGAGAUUAUUUUCCUUUGAAUAAACUGUUAAAGACAGUG